GUCUGUGUUUGUUAGAUAUAUAGGUUAGAUAUUUAGGUAUAACUACCUAUUUAGUAACUAAUUGGUAUAUUGUGUACGUGAUAAAAUUUAUCGCUGAUGAAUAAAAUGUAUAAUUUACAGAAAAUUAUUGUUGCUUUAUAUUUAAUUAACUUUAAUUUAUGCCACGGCAGCAAUUGGCAUUGCGCACUAUCUUCAAUGUAUGAACUGUACGAUUUGGAAAUCGAAUAUUUAAUUGUGACGGAAACAUACAUCAACAAUGAGUAUAAAAGAUUACAUAAUAUCAAAAAGUUUAUUGAACAACGAAAGAAACAAAAUGAAAAAGAGUUGGCAGAGUCGUACACAGAGAGCUCAAUAAAUGCAUUCAAAACUAUUUUACGCGUUAAGAGUGAUUGGGAAACAUUAAAAGACAAAAUGACACAAACAACUGAAAUUGGAGAAUUCAAACAUGAAUUAUUGAUUUAUGAUAACAUUGUCAGUGGAUUAAAAGCUAUAAGGAGGUUACAGAUUAUAUACGAACUCGAUGCACACGAAAUAUCAAAUGGAAACAUUGGUGGCCACACAUAUCAACCGUUUGAUGUCAACGAUUGUUAUGAUAUGGCAUCUUUGUGUUACGAUAAUGCUGAAUAUCAUUGUGCAUACUGGUGGUUUGUCGAAGUCUAUGAUAAAAACAAAAAAGACAAAAAUGAAUUAAAUAUUGAUUUCAGCACAUUCAUAAUAAAAUUUAUCUGGUCAAGUUACUUAGUUGGUGACAUUAGCCGUGCAAUGGAUAUAUUUAAAAAAUAUUUUAAACAAAAUAAUGAAAUGAACGAAAGUCUGACGAAUAUGCGGUACACGGUAUGGGCCGGAAAUAACGUUUUUAAACGAAACACGGCAAACGAUUAUGAUAAAAAGUUCUACUCUUAUUCACUUCAAAAACUAGAUUCAGAAAAUGAAGUGAGUUAUUUCAAAACCGCAUGUAUGAAUACGAUGGAUUGCAAAUACCCUUAUUUAGAAUGCCGUUAUUAUCAUGGAAAUUGUAAAUAUUUGAUAAUUGGUCCAUUACGUGAAGAAAUUUUAUCGUUAGUACCGAGCAUGAAGUUGUAUCAUAACGUGCUGUAUGACGACGAAAUAAAAAGGAUAAAAGAAUUAGCGAAACCAAAGCUGGAAAAAUUGUCAAUCGAUACAAACGAAGAUAUAUCCCUUAGAAAAGUGGCAUCGUUUAGGAAACAAAACGAUCAAGUAUUUGAGACAAUUAACCGCAGACUUGUUCAGAUUACUUCAAAGUCCGCCACAAACAUUGUGGAUAAAUACGUCGUUACUAAUUACGGUGUUGCUGGACAUUACUUACCGCAUACUAAGUACAUUGACGAUGACCAUUUGAUCAACAGCAAAGGACGUGACGCCAUAGUUAUUUUCCAUAUGGACGAUGUUCCCAAAGGAGGUGCUACCGUGUUGCCCGAAGUAAACGCACACGUGCCUAGUGUCAAAGGUUCUGCCCUAGUUAUAUAUAAUACGCCGAUGAGACAACUUUUAAAAUUCACGCAAUACGGCUCUUGUCCAAUAAUUUAUGGUGACAAAUGGACAAUGUCAGUGUAUUUAAAACAAUAAAAUGAACGCAUACUAAACAUGUACUAAGUAAUAGUCAAGUGUCCUAUAAUAUAAUAUUAUAAUAUUAUGUUUAUCAUUAAACGCUACAUCUACGAAGUGAUAAGAAAAGUCAAAAUAAGGUAACCUAUGCACAUAUACUGAAAUAAUACUUAUAUAAUUUGUAGUAUGUAUGUAUUCUUAUUAUUAUUUUAUAUUUUAAAGUAGAUUACACUUUUUUUUUUUUAAUAAAUGAUUUAGACGAUAA